CAAAUACUCCACUUCCACCUGUGGGGCCUGAGGUGCAACUGCUGGCUGCUGCUCUCCCAGCGCCAAUCCUGGGGUCGGUGGGUCGUCAAGACCCCCGACGGUGCACCAGGCUAGCGCCGCGGCUGGGCACCAGUGCCACACGUGUUCAGUGGUUGCCUCGCCGAGCCCACAGAGUGGGCAUCGUCCGUAUGGUCCGCUUCUGUUGGGCGGGUGCAGGUGGCCCCGAGAGCGCGCGUACGUUUCUGCUUGGUCACGAAGGGGGGGGGAGAAGGUCGGGAGGCAGCGAUUGCCAGAGAGCGGUUGCAUGUGGGCCUGGGCCAAUGCAUCUCGCGCACCAGGCCGCGCCUUCGUCGUCGGGCCCGGCGGUGAUCCACACGUUCUUCGCGCUUCCUGACGGGAACGGGGCCCCAGAAGUCGUUAAGGGCAUGUGCUCUGGCUGCGACCGCGCGGGCAGUCGCAACCGGGCACCUGGGGGCGCCCUGCACUUGGAAGCGUAUGCCCACCCCCGUGAGGACGAAGCGUGAACAAUUUCCAAGCUCUCGGUUUACAAUCCAGCGACGCAAGACAUCGGGGUCGUCUGCACGGACAUUGGCGCGUAAGCUGCCCGCGUGAGGUCGCGCGUGAGCGCUCUCGUUUCCAAUGCGGCGUGCCGCGCUGGCGGCCCGCGUAAGCCACCGCGCAAGUUCGCUAUGCCAUCUCGCGCAAGACCCGUUUCUUUCUCCUUGCUCAAUUGCCCCCGCUGGGGGGCCCCGAAAGAGGCAGCUGUCGGUGGCCGCUGGCAGGCUGCUGAGGUUGUCCGGAGCCCUGGACCCGGAGAUGCGCAGCGACAUCACCUUCAGUGACCCGUCGCUGCUGCGCGGCACCCGGGCCUGCGACGUCCUCCGCCGGCGCGGCGAGGUGCUGCACAACAGCGCUGGCACCGAGAGGCACUACGCGAUGUCCCGGCGCGUCGAGGCGAUCGACGUCUUCGUCUCUCACAACUGGUGCACCCCCCGGGCGCAGAAGUUCAGGGCGCUCUCCGUGUUCUUCAGCCUCGAUGCGGUGGUGCUGCUCGUCGGGGCGCUCUCGCUGUCGAUGGCGAGCCUCCAGGCGGCCGGGGUGCUGCCUGUGCUGGACAUGCUCGGCGAUGAUGGCCAGGCGUACAGGAGCGCCGAGUACGGCGUGGUGUCAGGUACUCUCGUGCUGUUCCUGGGGCUCCACCUCCUGCAGGACAUCCGGGCGCUUCUGCCCUUCGGGGGGGCCACGGUUUUUCUGGACAAGACCUGCAUCGACCAGGUGGACGAGGAUCGCAAGCGCCACGGCAUCGAAAGCCUCGCCGCCUUCGUGCGGCACUCGAGGUGCAUGGUGGUGGUGUACAGCGACAGUUACUUGCACAAGCUGUGGACAGUGUACGAGCUGGCGUGCUUCCUCACCCUGCACAAGAAAGACAAGCUCCACGUGAUUCCGGUCAUCCUUCCGAGCGUGCUGGCAAUGGGAGUAGUCACAAUCUUGGUCGUGUGCCUCUGCGACAUGGUGGUGCACAUCGCCGUGGUCCGCGAGGCUUUGGUGGGCAUGGGCUUGGAGAACACGGCCUGUUACCUAACGUUCGCUGUUGCAUUUCCUUUCGCCGUGGCAUUCUGCAUCGCGUGGCGGAACUGGUUGCGGGUCAAGGCCCGCAUUGAGAAGCAGUCCGAGAAUUUCAGCAUCCACCAGGCGGAGUGCUUCAACGAAGCAGAUCGCCCCCUUGUUAAGCGGAGCAUCGCCCGUUUCAUGAAGGUAAUCAGCGCAAUCGCAAAAGAUGCGACCGACGAAGCCGCCUUGGAUGCCUUCGACAAGAAGGUGCGGACAGAGAUGCCGAAAGCCCUGGCGCAGUCGGUGGGCAAGGCAGGCGUCCGCUACAAGCACGUGGUCGUCAUUUUCCUGCCGCUCGCACUCCAGACGAUAGACGGCGCUGGCAUCCUGAUGCGGGAAGGCGCGUCAGCGCGCAAGGUCGGCCUGCACAUAAUGGGCGGCUGGGUUGUACGCCUCGCCGUUUACCCUCUCAUGAUACCGAUGCUCACCCUAUUAAUGGGCUUGUCUCUCAGGCUGAAAAGCGGGGCCGCGAUCUUAUCGGCCGCGACGGCCGCGGCGGCUCUGGUGCUGGCAGCGAGCAUGGAGCUGAGCCGAGUCAUUCAGUAUCUCGAGCAGGGAGCCGUGCACUCCGACUCGGAUCUACGUUCCUUCGCAGUGGCCUCGUUUGUGUGUUGCUCACUUGUCGGGGCCUGUUAUUUCUACAAGGAGGACUUCGUCUGAUGAUGCCUCAAAGCCCGCUGCGCAGUGCGCACGGUUGACGUCUGGUCGGCGACCAGAGAGGGGUGAGAGAGGAAGAGGAAACGGAAAGAGAAAGAGAUCGAGACCUAUAGAUCACAGACCAUCGUGUGCGUUACAUCGCGCUGACUGGUGACCUUCCAGAGGCGUGUCCGCCACGGCUCACAAGAGGCACGGAACAGAGAUGCAUGCUUCACUUGCAGGAGCGACUGCAAAUGCUCAAAAGAAGCAGGUGGACAGGCGUAUACGUAACUAAUGUGUCACCUCAAGAUGUCCAGCAGCGCCCAAAAUACCAUCCUUGAGUCUUUCGCGACUCCGCCAGUUAGGAGAAGGGAGUGAUCGUUAAGCAUGGCCUAGAUGUUGGACGCAAGUUUGCUCAAUGCUGGGCACAGACGCUGCGCUCCCUGCAUGCCAAGCCGACUACGGCGAGAUCACCAGCAAACUUAGCAGCACAACAGACUCGUGCAGCAGGUCACC